UCUCUCAUUUCUAAUUGCAGCCUUCAAAAUCCUGAAGAUAGUAGUAUAAUAUUAUACAACCAACCAUGAAUUUGUUGGAGAUUCUCCUGCUGUUCUGCGGCUUUUUCACUGUCCUUAUAGUUUCUGGAGUAUCCAGUCAAGACCUGUCUAUAGUCGUGGACCCACCCAAACCUUCAUUGUCGCAAUCAAUCUUUAUCAACUGCACGACCGAUGUCAUGUCUAAGAAAAUACAGAGUUUCUCCAUAUAUCGCGGCAAAGAGGAAAUAUUGACUUUCGACCCUACAAGCAGACCCCGAGUCCAAUGGUCAGAUGAAUCCUUGAAAGAUCACUUUACAUUCUUCAAAGAUCUAAAAAAGCAGACAACUCUCAGUUUGCAAGUGAAGAACCCAGUAUGCACAGACGGAAACAUUUACAAAUGCCUACUUUCUGCGAAAAACAAAGACCCCAAAGAAGCUCAAGAGAGAGUCGACUUUUACGUCCCGAAAAACGGUGUAGAAUUGACACAAAACAAGGCGACAAAUUGUUUCAAUGUAGACAUCACGUGUAUUGGACAUGCUGGCAACCCCCCUGAGACUAUGGGAUGGUUUAAGAAAACUCCAGAUCACAAUGAGUUCGCGAGUAUAGAUGCCUCUUAUAUCACAGCUAACAUGGAUUUCUCUACUGAGGACUGCAGUAACACUCGUAAGGAACGAUUGGUCUAUAAACCGACGGAAGAUGAACGAGAUUUGAUAAUCAAAUGUGGAUUCGGAGACAUGACAAAAGAAGUGACAAUGAGGAUGCCUGGCCAAAGGCCCCAAGACGUAACACUUAUGUACAAAGGAAAGCCUGAGGUCGGAGGAGAGUUGGAAUUAAACUGCACUGGCAAAAUUACAGAGAUUCAUAACUACACAAUUAUCUUUUAUAAAAGAACUGAAAUGAACACCCAAAUCACAAAAAUAAUGGCAGCAGUUAAAGACGAAAAAUCGGUUCAACUGGAUGAUUGCACGACUAUGGUAACUAAAUUGGUUACUUACUCACCAACCCAGGAGGACAAGGGACUCGAACUUAUGUGUAGAAUCACAGGAGCUGAUAGAUUAUCAAGUGAUGCUAUGCAAGUCAUCGAUGUCCAAGGACUGUUUGUUGUACCUACAGGUAUUACUCCUGACCACGUUCCUGAUGGCGACGGCGAUGACAUGGAUAAGGACAAUGAAAUGGACCAUGAUGAUAAAAAUACAGAUGACAAUAUGCCUGAUGAAUCUACUGUCGUACCGGAACCUGAACCGGAAGGAAGCGACGAAGAUGAGGAACCUAAAACCGAAGGGGAGCCUAAAGAAGACAAAGGUGCUAAAGAGAAACCUAAAACAGACACGUCUGUUUCCGAAAACAGCUCUGGCAUGUUGCGGGAAUAUUGUUUAUUGAUAUUUGCUACCGCUCUUCUUGUUAUGGUGUAAUAACCCCACACCGCUCCCAAGUGAGUCUCCCUAUCAUACAUGGUUGGGAUAAAAUGUCGAGGUAUAUUUGACCUUCACUUUCUGAAGUGGACAAAUUUCAAUCAACCGACAAAAACAAUAACAACAUUAUUUUUAGGGUUUUUUUCUAAUUAUUUUAUUUGUUUGUUUUCGUUAUUUUUUUUAUUUCUGACCCAAAUAAAAAUGUCAAAACUC